CAAAGAAGCCGCUUAUGAUUCUAUGGUGUACAGUUACAAGCAUGGAUUCUCCGGUUUCGCAGCUAAAGUCACAGAAUCUCAAGCUCAGAAGAUCUCAGAGUUACCUGGAGUUAUCCGGGUUAUGCCCAGUCACUUUUAUUCUCUGCAAACAACUAGGAGUUGGGAUUAUCUUGGCCUCUCUCCUAGUUCUCCCACUAACCUUUUGCAUGACACAAACUUGGGAGAUGGAAUUGUCAUUGGCCUUCUGGACACAGGUAUAUGGCCAGAGUCAAAGGUAUUCAAUGAUGAAGGGCUUGGACCAAUCCCAAACCAAUGGAAAGGUCAGUGUGUAUCUGGAGAGAGCUUCAAUGCCUCAGCAGAUUGUAACAAAAAACUUAUAGGAGCAAAAUGGUACAUUGAUGGUUUCCUUGCUGAGAAUAAGCAGCCAUUCAACACCACUGACAGCCCGGAUUUCUUGUCCCCAAGAGAUGUUUUUGGACAUGGAACACACACAUCUACCAUUGCUGGUGGCUCUUUUGUGUACAGUGCCAGCUACAGAGGCCUUGGCCUCGGAUCAGUAAGAGGUGGAGCGCCCCGCGCACGCUUGGCGAUGUAUAAAGUAUGCUGGAAUGUGCCAAGGGGGCAGUGCUCAUCUGCUGACAUAUUGAAAGCUUUUGAUGAUGCAAUUCAUGAUGGAGUUGAUGUUAUAUCAGUAUCUCUUGGCACCCAACUUCCUCUGUUUUCAGAGGUUGAUGACCGCGAUACGAUUUCCAUUGGUUCGUUCCAUGCUGUGGCCAAGGGUAUACCUGUUGUUUGUGGAGCUGCAAAUGAGGGGCCUUCUGCAUACACAGUUGAAAACACAGCACCAUGGAUCUUAACUGUAGCAGCUACUACAAUUGAUCGAUCCUUUCCUACACCUAUUACACUUGGGAACAACUUAACCAUUCUGGGUCAAGCCGUUUUUGCAGGAAAAGAAGUUGGUUUUACUGGUUUGGUAUACCCAGAAAACCCAGGACUUAUCCCUUCACUAGCUGGCGUCUGCGAGUCCCUUUUACUUAACAACACAUCGGUGGCUGGAAAUGUAGUUCUCUGCUUCACAACAGUGGCCAGUAGAACUCCAGUAGCAACUGCAGUCUCCAGUGUUAGGGCAGCUGGUGGGGUUGGGGUUAUUGUUGCCAAGUCUCCUGGUGAUGUCUUAGGUCCAUGCAGCAAUGACUUCCCAUGCAUUGAAGUAGAAUAUGAGCUUGGCACUCAUUACAUCCGUUCCACCAGAUCUCCAACCGUAAAAUUGAGCCCUUCUGCAACACUGGUUGGGAAGCCUGUAUCAACCAAGGUUGCCACUUUUUCAUCUAGAGGGCCCAACUCCAUUGCUCCAGCCAUACUCAAGCCAGACAUAGCCACUCCCGGUGUGAGCAUAUUAGCUGGCAGUUCUCCCUACGAUUUUUUCAUGGAUGGAGGAUUUGCCUUGCAUUCAGGAACAUCAAUGGCAACUCCUCAUGUCUCAGGCAUUGUGGCACUUUCGAAAGCAUUGCACUCCAAUUGGUCCCCUGCUGCAAUAAGAUCAGCCCUAGUAACAACAG